UAAAAAUUCGUCUUCGGUUGCUACGACACAACAUCUGCAAACACGUCAAGGAAGAACUCGUAGACCUACAAAUACAGCUUGUUUGGCAUUUAGAUUUCACUCACUCUGGGCGUCUUAACUGACCUAAAAUGCAAUUCCCAGCACGGUGCAAGGGCACAAACGGGUUUUUCCCUUAUACACGUUCAAAGCAUUUUAUUGCGAUCUCACUUACGGUUGUGAUCCUUCUAUUAAUUGCGAGCGUUGAUCCUACCACAGAAGCCGAUAUGAAUAAUCUGCACUUUAAUUACAUCGUUCUCCACAGUCCACCCUUCGAUUCACUGAUUCGAGGGCCGAAUGGCACAUUCACUUAUUUUGGAGCGACAAUUAACAUCUUCACUUGGCUGGCGAAAAGAUUUAAAUUUACCAUCUCCUUUGUACCCAUCAAUGAAACUCUAAUCAACAAGUUGGGCAUGCACGAGGCUGCUUAUUACCUACUUAUGAACGACAAAAACAUCGAGGGAAUAGCGGUCGGUUUUUACCCCACUAUGGAUCGAGUAAAAAGAUUUGACUUUACGGCCUCCGCUUGGUCAGAAGGAUUUAGUUUUGUUGUGCCAAGACCUGAGGAAGAAAGCCGAUUAUUUGCCUUCAUAGGUCCUUUUCAACCGCUGGUUUGGAUGUCAAUUUUCAUCAGCCUUUUCUUCGUUAUCGCCACCAUGACAGUUUUUACGUGGAUCUACAAUUAUCGUUUCACAAACACUACGAAUGGCCGGAAAAUUGAAUCAAAUAUUCAGCCAGACCAUGAUGAGUCACAUUCAAAAAGCAUCUUCACUUUCAUAGGUUCCCACAUGAUUUAUGUAAUUAAUACGAUGACGAAUCAAGGAGGUAGAGAAUUUAGUAGCCGCACUUCGUUUCGAGUCUUGGCCGGAGCCUGGGUGCUGUGCGCUAUGGUCUUGGUCAAUUCCUACACGGGAAUUGUCACUUCGUCCCUUACAACACCGAAGAUGAAACCCCCAAUCAACACCAUGGAAGACUUAGCAGCGAGCCAAGAGGUCAACAUAGUCCUCAGAAGCGACACAUCAACCGGAAUACAAAUUCUGCAAGCAACAUCCGGCAUUUUCAAAGUUCUGGGAGAUCAAGUCCGGAGUAACCCUGAUCGACUUUUUACCGAUCCGUUUAAAAUAGCCGCAAAACUGGAAACUGGUCACUUCGCAUUUCCAUAUGUGCACACUUUCAGUGUCGCUUUUGUUGCUUCGCAAUAUAAAAAGGAUGGCAAGUGUCGUUUUAGACUCUCGAAAAUGUUACCCUUGUCGCACGGACAUUAUCCAUUUCUUUACAAAAAGGGCAGUCGGUACACUAAAACCAUUAGCAAAGGAGUUUUGGAGUUGUGCGAGACCGGCCUUAUUCGAUUCUGGAUAAAGAAUCUCCCUACCAUACCCAGGGCCGACGAAUGUUUCGCCGAAAAUAAACGCCGAGUCUCUCGUCCUGUUCCCAUCCAGUUGACCGAUUUGAUCAGUGCCUUUCUCAUUCUAGGCAUCGGGUUGGGAUUGGCGACGCUAAUUUUCUUGUUGGAAAAAAUCUAUUCGAAAUGGCAACGCUUCAAACGUCGUUAAUUUAUUCGCGGGAAUGAUCGCAAAAAAGUCACAGAUGAUUAGAUGACUUCUUUAAAAAUUUUGUAGUAAUUGUUUCGUUAGAGAAGUAGCAAGCAAAGUCGUUUGUACAACAAAUAGUUGGUUAGCUUUUUUCCCCCCAGAAGCUAGUGCUUACUAGAAAAAUAGCGAGAAAAUUGCGCACUACGUGGAUUGCUUUCCGAACAAACGCUGUUUUCUCAGCAAGAAACAAUUAAUGUUUUCUAAUCGCGGAAGAUUCUCUGGAAGGCAAUUCGAUAAUAUUAAAAGUUUAAAACGCAGCAAUUUGCUAUAGCCCACAUGAAUCGCUGUAUCGAUGUAUGUGAAUGCCCAGAUCGAUGUAUGUGGUUGGAAAAGUUAAAGCGAGAAAAAUCGAAGCUAUACGAAAACUGCCAAAAUGUACUGAAAAAGGUGUUUAUAAAGUGAAGAAAUAAGGGCAGAAGCUCUGAACGAACGCAAUGUUGCAUUUUCAAUUCAAAGCUCGUCUCGUUGAGGUUCCUGUGUUAUGCAAAAUGUUGCUACAAAGCAUUUCAGAUUUUUCCUGGCUCUUCACAAUUUUUUUUAAUUAAUUUGUUUUCCUUCAAGCAGAUCAAUAAAUCAAUUUCAAAUCCAAAGCUUUUCCUGUACAUUUUUGUCAAAAUAGUCUCGUUAAAACUUGUGGUUUUUUAAACCCAUCCAAAGUUAGGUUUAAAAGUUUUGCGAAUGGAAGAAAAAACCUGCACUUAAACUUUACUCAAUCUAAUUAUCUAAAUUAAUACGUGCUGCUGCCACACCCUACUACACUACUGCUUUGGUCAGUUGCAGCAAAUAUUGCGACCUGACAACAGAAAAUUUCUCAGCCAAUGUCACCCACCGUUGCAGUUCGUUCAAACAACAAAACGAAAUUCAUUGGCAAAAUUGAAAGGCAUAAAAUUAGAAGAGGGAUGAAGUGGACUUCUUGAGAUGACUUUGUUUUAGCAAGAAGAGCUAGCCAAAAACCUGCUGAUCUACCUCACAAUCGUGACAGUUAAAAAUAACUUGUCUAGUUGACAAAGUGACGGUCGUGUGCUGAAGACAACAAAAAGAGAAGGUCCCUAAUGAGUAGAUGAAAUAGC